AUGGUAUUAGCUCUGUUUGCCCCCGCUCUUGGGACUGAUUAUGAGGUGACUUUUCCGUUGGGAACAACUGAAGAAUUGACAUUUCAUUACAGUUAUCCAAACUCUGAAUCAAGUGAGCAGACGCUGGAAGAGACACUUGAGCACUAUCUCAAUCAGAUUGUCCAACGAGACCUGGUAGACAAUGGGUUGGUCACAGUCCAAUCCAAAAACGACCUCUACAGUGCCACGAUACGUGGAGACAGCGAACAUGUGAACAAAUACAAGAACCUCAUCCUCAAGUUUCACAAGAGUGGGAAGCUUGCUGUAACGGCUGUACAGAAUCUGAGAAGCGAUGGUAAGUGGAAUGAGAGAGAAUGGCGAUUGUUCUUGCCUCUUGGGUUGGCCAUCAGCAACCAUCGCUCCGUCCAGUUGCUUCACUUCCCACCAGACUACUCCCUUCCUGCCCAGGACUACCUCGGCUCCAAGACCAGCCAACGCUGGGAGGACCUCCUGGAAGCCAAUGGUGUCCCACUGGAGGAGGUGACACUGUACGAAAGCAUCCUGGACAUUGCACCCAUCGCCGCACCUUCCAAUGCACGAAGUCAGCUCAAACACACGUAUAGCUAUUUCGAGAAUUACGUGGUACAAAUGCUCGAUCUCCUCCUUUUAUCUGAUGAAGGAGGGCCCCGGCAUAUGGUCGCCUAUGGUGGGCCGGUUCGCCAGUGGAUAAAGACACACUUUAUUAUUCAGGACUACUUUGGUGUGAAUUCAAUUGCCAAAAUCACUGUUAGCGGUGUUAGUGUGCCGGUCCUUGGAGCAAACCACCCUAGCUAUAUCUGGUAUGCCAAGAAUGAUGGGAGGCAAAAGGCUUUCGAAGUCAUGCAGCAGGACUUGAUUUCGGCCUGCUGGCAGGCAAAGAUGGGCUCCGACAACAGUCCUGCGAUCUUGAGGCAAUGCCAGGGUUUCUGGGAGGAUGAGUCAAAUGUCAUGACGGUCUGUAUCCACAUGGAAAUCGAGGCCUAUGGCCGUAGCAAGCCUGAAGCCAUCAACAAAUGCAAGGAAGAGUAUUCCUCUCAAACACAGAAAACAGAGCUAUAA